UCCGUGUACGGGAAAGAGGCAUCGUCUUUUCCAGGAUUUCCACCUUCAAAGUAGUUACUAGACAUUACUUCAGUUUGGUGAAAAUUUUUCAUCUAUUGCAAAGUGAAAGUUGUUUCGAAUCAAUUUGUGUUGUGGUUGUCUUUUCCCCCAAAAAAAAAGAAAAAUAAAUCAAGUUUCUCAACGAAAUAAAAGGAUACGAUUUCAUUAGAAUUGUACGGCAUCAUUGCACUGUAGUCAAAUACUCUAGCAUCACAAAACCGAAUUCAGCAUGGAGGACGAAUCACUGAAAAAAGACAGCCGAAAGGAGUCCUUCAAGGGUGAAGAACUGAACGGGAAUGGUACCAAAUCCGGUUGUGAUGGCGAAAUCACACUCAAACCCAAGAUGACCCUCGUCAACGGGGUCACGGUGAUCGUUGGUUCGAUCAUAGGCUCCGGUAUUUUCGUGUCGCCGACAGGAGUGCUCAUCAAUACCGGCAGCGUCAACAUGUCACUGAUCGUUUGGGUUCUGUCCGGCCUGUUCUCGAUGGUCGGGGCUUACUGCUACGCUGAAUUGGGUACGAUGAUAAAGAAAUCCGGUGCCGACUACGCCUACAUCAUGGAAACCUUUGGACCCUUCCUGGCGUUCAUCCGUUUGUGGAUUGAAUGCAUGAUCGUCCGUCCAUGUUCGCAGGCCAUUGUCGCACUGACAUUCAGUGUGUACGUACUGAAACCAUUUUUCCCCGAAUGUCAACCACCGGAAGACGCUGCCCGAUUGCUGGCCGUUUGCUGUAUUUUGGUCCUGACGUUCGUCAACUGUUGGGAUGUAAAAUGGGCUACUGCCGUACAGGAUAUCUUCACCUUCGCCAAACUGUUGGCCCUCUUCGUAAUCAUCGGUACCGGAGGAUACUACUUCUUCAGAGGUCAUACCGCAAACUUCACAUUUGAUAACACGAAAACCGAAGUUACUUCGCUGGCACUAUCCUUCUAUUCUGGUCUGUUCGCCUACAAUGGAUGGAACUAUUUGAACUUUAUCAUAGAGGAACUGAAGGAUCCGGUGAAGAAUUUACCGCGUGCCAUUGCCAUAUCAUGUACUCUAGUCACCGUAGUCUACGUCCUCACCAACGUGUCCUUCUACUCUGUACUGACGCCGGAGGAAGUGUUAGGUUCGGAAGCAGUUGCAGUUACCUUCGCCGAUCGGGUAUUUGGUAUUUUCGCGUGGACUAUUCCAGUUUUUGUGGCACUGUCGACGUUCGGAGCCGUUAAUGGAAUUCUGCUGACGUCAUCACGAUUGUUCUAUGCCGGCGCUUGUGAAGGUCAAAUGCCAGAAAUUCUAACCAUGAUUCAAAUCCAGCGACUGACUCCAACUCCGGCUGUUUUGAUAAUGGCACUUUUGUCGAUGGUCUACUUGACGGUGUCGGACAUUUUCGCGCUGAUCAACUACGUUGGAUUUGCCACUUGGUUAAGUAUCGGCGUUGCUGUGCUCUGCCUACCGUGGCUCCGAUGGAAGCAACCUAACCUAACCCGUCCAAUCAAAGUGAAUCUGUUGUUCCCGAUUUUCUAUCUGCUGGCCACAGUCUUCGUUACAGUUGUUCCUAUGAUUGCCAGCCCGGUGGAGACCGGUUACGGUUUGCUGAUGAUCCUGUCCAGUAUUCCCGUUUACCUCAUAUUCAUCUCGUGGAGAUCCAAACCGAAGUGGUUCAACCACUCCAUGGGCGGCAUCACACAAUGUUUACAGAAGUUGAUGGUGGUGGUGCGACCGAAACAGAAAUAAGUUGGCCUGUGUCGCACAGCACCCAGUCGGAAAAGUUGGCAUCACACGAUUCCUGCAAAAAAUGCUCAUGGUCCUUGGCAAGGCCAAACCAGCUCAGGUUUAAACCGAAUCAUUAAGCGCGGUAGCAUAAACAGCACCCAUCAAGUCAUGCACAAAUGCAUUAUUAUGUGUAAUUAGAACAAUUAGUAUUGAUAGCAGAUAGAAAGCAUUCCGCCGGAGAAUAGGCCGAGAAGGGAGACGGGCGGAUUUGGCGAUUUCGAUUUAGUCUCCGCUUGGAGAAACGCACCAGCUUGAGAAAUUCAGGGCUCGAGAUAGUAAUUAUGAUUCUACUUUUAAUGUCAAGGAAGGAAUCCUAAUUUAGCAUAUUGAAAUCGUUUUAAAAUGUUGUAUGAUUGUAUUUCACUAGUAGUUUAUUUUAGAAUUCAACUAUUUUCUGUUAAGGCUGUUUGUAUUAGUGAUAUGUCCAAACCGGAACAUUCCUUGUGGUUGUAUUUUAGUGUUCGAAUAUUUGUAUCGUUUUCUUCUAUUAUGUCUAAUGUUAAAACCCGAUUAUAUUAUGUUCCUUUUUUCAAAAAUCUCCAUCUGAUUGAUUCAAGUACGAGAGAAAAAGACAAACAAUCGAAUAGUACACAAAGAAAAAUUACUACCAAUAUAACAAGUGUUCAUUUUCAUUGACUGAAAACGAUUGUUCACAGGUCCGAUAAUGAAAAUUGUAUCAUUCUUUCCAACGAGAAGCAUUGUUGUGGGUCUGAUUUGUCAUUGUAGAAAAGUAAUAAUACGUAAAAUCGUGAAAGUUUAAACGGAUCGUAUCAGCUCCUUUUUAUUAAAUUCCAAUCGGAAAUCAUUUCCAACAAUAAGAACUUCGGUUGCAGAGAAUGAACUUUAUAUUGAACAGUAUAGCACAUAUCAUGUAAACCGGAAUCUCAUACAAAAAUUUAGCGUGUUUAAGGUCGUUUAUAAUAUUUUGGUUCCAAUAUGUUCAGAUUACUUCCAACUGUUACUCAACCAGAAUCUUAUACUCUCCUCUGUAAUUUCAUUGCAGAUCAGAAAUUAUAAAAGAAAUUCUAAAAUUAACUCAAAUUACAAAGGCAAACCCUAAUGUGACGACUCAAAUUAUAAUCGGUAAAAUAAAUGUUUUAAGUGUAUUCAAUUCGAUGUGUCGGCUAUUCGAUCAAUAGAAAUCCAAAGCAAAGCUUGCUAUAACGAUGAAACGUCACGUUGUUCUUACAUGUCAAAUCCUAUAGGAUGUUGGGGUAAUGGUUAUGGUAAACACGUUAUGGCUGAGCUGAAUAGUUUUCUAGUAGGAUUCGCAAUCGUAUAGAUAUGGUUAUCUUAAAAGUAAACUGUUCAACAUAACCGACGGACGUUUUUCCUUUGCCAAUCGUUGAAACUGAUCGAAAAGAAAAAUAAUAUUGUUGACAAUAACGUAAAUUUUAGUGUUUAGUAUGAGAAGAAAUGAUCUUUGAAAUGAUUAGAAUGAUUUCAAGAAUGAUGCCAAUCAAUAUAUACGCAUUGCAUUUUACACAAGCAUAUUCUCGAAAUAUUGUGCAACAACAAGAAAACGAAUUAUUAUUUAUAAAUAAAACUAUGAAACAAUGAAUAACUGUAAAACAAUAUACACUGUACAAUUGAACAUAUGUAAAAAGUUCAACCAAUUUAGACAACUCCAUACAAUACAUUCCAGCACAUAUACUAGCGUCAUAUAUACAAAGGGUGAUUCCAUUAAAUGUAAGAAAAUAUUGUUGCAGCUUAAACUUGGAACAGAGUAAAAAAAAUACAAGCAGAGACAGAGUAAAGCAGUUGAGAAGGUUGGUAGUAUGCGACAAACGAAAAAAAUUUGCCAUUAUUAGACAAUACAAAAUAAAAUAAAAUGUAGUAUUGCAA